AGAGACUGGAGGGCGACCGCCAUAGUUUUGGGUUUGGGUUUGGGUUUGGGUUCGGCUUCGGCUUUGGCUUUGGCACACUAGAAAUAUAGAAUUGAAAAACUUUGAUCAACUAGAAAUCCAACCAAAUUUCAAACAAGAAAAUUUAAAAUGGUUGCGGGCGGAUGGAAAUACUCAUCAGACAGCGUGGUGAUUAAGCCUCCAAACGAUCGGCGACUAUACAGAGUAAUCGAGCUCCACAAUGGCCUCGUUGCAUUGCUUGUUCACGAUCCCCAGAUUUACCCUGACGGGCUUCCUCAAGAUUCCCAAUUGCCAGUUGAGAGUGAGCCUGAAGCUGAAGAAGAUGAAGACGACGAAGAUGAAGAUGAAGAUGAAGAAGACGAAGAUGAAGAUGAAGAUGAAGAAGACGACGACGAGGAGAAACAGAUUGAAGACAAGUCCUCUCAGACUAAAAAGGCAGCGGCGGCAAUGUGUGUAGGAUUUGGCAGCUUAUCUGACCCUCCCGAGGCGCAGGGUCUUGCUCAUUUUCUAGAACAUAUGCUGUUCAUGGGAAGUACCGAAUUUCCAGAUGAAAACGAGUAUGAUAGUUACUUAUCCAAACAUGGAGGGUCAUCAAAUGCAUAUACAGAAGCAGAGCAUAGCUGCUACCAUUUUGAAGUUGAAAGAGAAUUUCUCAAGGGUGCUUUAAGAAGAUUUUCUCAGUUUUUUAUUUCACCCCUUGUGAAACUUGAAGCCAUGGAACGAGAGGUGCUUGCUGUGGAUUCAGAAUUUAACCAGGUUUUGCAAAAUGAUAGUUGCCGCCUUCAGCAACUGCAGUGCCAUACAUCUGAACAUGGCCACCCUUUUAACACAUUCUCCUGCGGGAACAAGAAGAGUCUGGUCGAUGCUGUUGAGAAAGGGAUUGAUCUACGCAAACAAAUACUAGAAUUGUACAAAGAUUAUUACCAUGGUGGACUGAUGAAGUUAGUGGUAAUUGGUGGUGAGCCUUUGGAUUUACUUCAGCAAUGGGUUGUCGAAUUGUUUUCGGAUGUCAGACAAGGCUCUCUAGGAAGGCCAGAGUUUACGGUGGAAGGUCCUGUCUGGAAAGCUGGUAAACUUUACAGGUUACAGGCAGUUAAGGAUGUUCAUAUCCUUGAAUUACGGUGGACACUGCCUUGUCUUUUGCAAGAGUAUCUGAAGAAACCGGAAGAUUAUUUGGCUCAUCUUCUUGGGCAUGAGGGCAAAGGAAGCCUGCAUUACUUUCUCAAAGCUAAAGGAUGGGCAACCUCUCUAUCUGCUGGUGUGGAUGAUGGGAUGCAGCGAUCUUCAGUAGCUUAUAUCUUUAGCAUGUCCAUCCAUCUUACAGACUCUGGUUUGGAAAAGAUAUUUGACACUAUUGGUUAUGUUUACCAAUACCUUAAAUUAUUGCGUCGACUUUCUCCCCAAGAAUGGAUAUUUAAAGAACUGCAGGAUAUGGGAAAUUUGGAGUUUCGGUUUGCUGAGGAACAACCUCAGGAUGACUAUGCUUCAGAACUUGCAGAAAAUUUACUUGUUUAUCCAGCAGAGCAUGUCAUUUAUGGAGACUAUGUCUUUGAGUUUUGGGAUGAGGAAAUGAUAAGAAAGAUUCUAGGUUUCUUCACUCCCGAAAACAUGAGAAUUGAUGUAGUAACCAAGUCCUUUAAGUCACAAGAUGUCAAGUAUGAGCCUUGGUUUGGAUCACAUUAUGCUGAGGAAGAAAUUUCUCCAUCUUUGAUGGAAUUAUGGAGAGACCCCCCAGAUAUUGAUGUUUCAUUGCAUCUGCCUUUGAAGAAUGAGUUUAUUCCGUGUGAUUUCUCCAUUCGAGCUGAUAAUAUGCAAAUUGAUCCUGCGAACGAAUCAUUGCCUGUUUGCAUUUUUGAUGAACCAUUGAUGAAGUUCUGGUAUAAGCUUGAUAGUACUUUCAAACUUCCUCGUGCAAAUACAUAUUUUCGGAUCAAUCUGAAAGGAGCAUACCUUAACCUGAAGAGUUGUUUGUUGACUGAACUUUAUAUUCACCUUCUUAAGGAUGAGCUGAAUGAGAUUAUAUAUCAGGCCAGUGUUGCCAAGCUGGAAACUUCAGUGGCAAUGUGCAGUGACAAGUUAGAGCUAAAGCUUUAUGGUUUCAAUGAUAACUGCCCCUGUUUUCUUUUUGCACAGUUUUUUGCCCCCCCAAACAAGGUUUAGGCAAUCGCAAACUCUUUUUUACCAACCAUUGAUCGUUUUAAGGUUAUUAAGGAGAAUAGAGAGAAAACUUUGAAAAAUGCCAACAUGAAGCCUCUCAGUCAUUCAUCCUACUUGAGAAUGCAGAUUUUAUGCAAGAGGUUCUAUGAUGUUGAUGAAAAGCUUGCUUUUCUAAAAGACCUUUCUCUAUCUGAUUUGAAGGCCUUUAUUCCUGAGCUCCAAUCCCAGAUAUAUAUUGAGGGCCUUUGCCAUGGUAAUUUGUUAGAAAAAGAAGUACUUGACAUAUCAAAUAUCUUUAAAAGCAACUUUUCUGUACAACCGAUGCCAGUCACAAUGAGGCAUAGAGAGGAAGUGAUAUGUUUUCCCUCUAGUGCCAACUUUGUGAGAGAUGUCAGUGUAAAGAACAAGUCUGAAACAAACUCAGUGCUUGAGCUUUAUUUCCAAAUUGAGCCAGAAGUAGGGGUGGAAGCAGUAAAACUGAAGGCCUUGAUAGAUCUUUUUGAUGAAAUUGUGGAAGAACCACAUUUUAAUCAGCUAAGGACAAAGGAGCAACUUGGUUAUGUUGUUCAAUGUGGUCCACGAGUGACAUAUCGUGUUUAUGGCUUUUGUUUCUGCAUUCAAUCUUCCAAAUAUAGCCCAGUUUACUUGCAGGAGAGAACAGUCAACUUCAUAAAUGGCUUGGAAGAGUUGUUGGAAGGGCUUGAUGAUGAGUCAUUUGAGAGUUAUAGGAGUGGCUUAACAGCGAAGCUGCUGGAGAAAGAUCCAUCCCUCUUAUAUGAAACCAGUCGCUUUUGGGAUCAGAUUGUUGAUGAUAGGUACAUGUUUGACUUGCCGAAGCGGGAAGCAAUGGAACUCCGAAGCAUCCAGAAGGUAGACGUCGUGAACUGGUAUAAAAUGUACUUGCAACAAUCUUCUCCGAAGUGUCGAAGACUUGCUGUUCGUGUCUGGGGAUGCAACGCAGACCUAAAAGAAGCGGAAAGCCAAACUGACUGUGUGCAGGUCAUCAAAGACGUUAAAGCCUUUAGGGCGUCAUCAAAGUACUAUCCAAUCCUUUGUUAAUCAUUGCUGUAGCAUAAAAUAAUAGACGAAUUAGAGCAAGAGAGUAACAAUGAUUUUUGUUUCCAUGUUUGGAGCUGGGAAGUGGGGUUCAUUUAAUCUGCUGCCCACAAGAGGGAAUGCAGAGUCGGUGACAGACCAAAAAUAGUGGAAUAAUACAUUUAUUCACGUUUCAUUGAAAUGUGGUUUUUGACCAUUAA